AUGGCUCGCCUAGCACCCCUGCGAACCGGCAAUCCGCUGCGGCCCGACGCCGGCCACAUCCGGCCGCAGCGCGUCGGAGACGCAAUCAGGGCCGAGCUCGCCACGCUGUUGCAGCGUCAGGUGCGGGAUCCGGCCGUUCGGCAGGUGGCGGUCACACGCGUGCGGAUGUCGCGGGAUCUGGAGCUCGCGCAGGUCUACUACACGCUGCUGCCGGGCGACGUCGACCUCCGCGGCGCGGCGCGCGGACUGCGGCGCGCGCAGCCGUUCCUCAGGCGGCAGCUCGGCAGGAUCGGGCUGCGGCGCGUACCCGAGCUGAGAUUCCUGCACGACGAUGCCGUCGAAGAGCAGGAUCGCGUUGCCCGCCUGCUUGACGAAAUUGCGGCAACGCCGCCCUCCGACGCCGAUGACCCUCCCGGCGAAGAUGCCUGA